AGCAGACUCCCCGCAGGGAUCCCCAGGGUUACACACACACACACACACACACACACACACACUCACACACAGUGCUGUGUAGAUGGCUGACAGAAAGGAGUAACUUAGUGAACGGAGCAGCAAACACUCUGUGAUCAUCCAAGCGAGUGUCUCGGUGGACACUAAUCAGGACACAAUGGAGCAGGAGUUUGAAGACAUUGAUUCGUCCGGGAGAUGGCAAAACCUUUACAAUGAGAUCCGUAACCAAGCCAGUGAAUAUCCUUACAAAGUGGCGAAACUUCCAGUGAAUCGGAAUUUGAACCGCUACAGAGAUGUCAGCCCAUAUGAUCACAGUCGGGUAAAACUUGAAAACUCUGAAAACGACUACAUCAAUGCAAGUUUAGUGAUGGUGGAAGAAGCCCAAAGAGCUUACAUUCUUUGUCAGGGGCCUUUGAGGAAUACCUGUGGUCAUUUCUGGCUGAUGAUUUGGGAGCAGUGUUCCAAAGCUGUUAUAAUGCUCAACAGAGUCAUUGAAAAGGGAUCUGAAAAGUGCGCUCAGUACUGGCCCACCACAGAGGAGCUACAGAUGUCUUUCACAGACACGGGGUUCGUUGUCAGGCUGCUUUCAGAGGAGGACCAAUCCUAUUACACGAUCCGAGUGCUAGAACUGCAAAACACAAUGACGGGGGAGUCGAGGGAGAUCUACCACUUUCACUACACCACGUGGCCUGACUUCGGUGUGCCAGAAUCUCCGGCCUCCUUCCUCAACUUCCUCUUCAAGGUUCGGGAGUCCGGCUCGUUGGGACCGGAGCACGGGCCCUCGGUGGUGCACUGCAGCGCUGGGAUCGGGCGCUCAGGGACCCUCGCCUUGGUGGACACCUGCCUCAUACUGAUGGACAGGAGGAAGGACCCGUCAUCAGUGGACAUCCAGAAGGUGCUGCUGGACAUGAGGGAAUACCGCAUGGGCCUGAUCCAGACCCCGGACCAGCUCCGCUUCUCCUACAUGGCUGUCAUCGAGGGAGCCAAGCUCAUCCUGACGGUCAACUCAGCAGCCCAGCAGAACACGCAGAGAGUGAUGUCCAGAGACGACUUGGAGCCAGAUCUGCCCCCUCCACCACCUCCACCCAGACCUCACCUGAACGACAGCAGGCCCAACGGUCAGCCAGCACCCUGCCUGGAGCCACAGGCCUCCUCGGGAGACAACCAGCCGACAGGAGAGCCAGACAGCGAAGACCACGACAUGGCAGAGAACUUGGGCCAUGUCAGAAAGCGACACCGCGAGGAGAGGAUCGCCAGCACCUCACAGAAGGUCCAGCAGAUGAAACAGAGACUGACGGACUCGGAGAGGAAACGGGACCAGUGGCAGUACUGGAGACCCAUCUUGCUCAACGUGGGCGCCGGGGCAGCCGUGGCCGUCGGCCUGCUGGUGUGCUGGAUAUACUCCCAGUGAGACACACUCUGGGUCACUUCAAAACUGACUCCUAUUUUGCACCAGUACCUGGGAUUAGGUACUUCUCUAAGUAGACGUAGAUGGUAAUAUGUGCAUAACUGAGGGUAUUUAUUUCUUAAGGUCAAAAUGCGGGAGCGCUAGAUCAAAAAUGAUUGUGUGUAUAUUUUUCAUGUAAGAUCUUAACAAAAGAAAAUAGUAACAUCUCAGGAUCUUGGUGCCAGCACGAUGAUUUCAUUUUCCUUUUCCUUCUCGUCACUCGAAUGUACUGUAUCAUAGCAAACCGCUUUGAGAGAACUAAAGGUGCAGUACAAAGCAAAAAAAAAAAAAAUAAUUCUGACACAUUUGUUUUUGCAUUCUUUAUUUGUAAUGGUCAGAUGUGUGUUGAUCAUCUGUGGACACCUUUUACAUUUCAAAAUGACUUGUGUUGACUGUCCAUCCUACCACAAGAUAUAGGUAGGAAGACUCCAGAGCCUAGAGGUCAGCCAUGUUUUGUUUUUUUCUGUAACGAAAUGUGCAUAUCAUGCAUGCAUUUAGAGGUUUUUUCCAGAGCACCACUUGUUCUUCCAUUCACAUCGAGCAAGGCAGCCCAAUACGGCCAGAUAUAUAUUUUUGUGUGACUGGACACUUCAUGGGGAGCUGCCUUGCUGAUGUUUCAAACUCUGCUAGAAUGUUUUUGUUUCCUGUUAUACGAGCACCUUUUUUUCAUAGUUUUUUUUUGUUGUGACAUGGAUCAUACAAGUCCCUCACCGCUUAGUGCGUGUAUUUACCCACUGGAUGGGUUCAUGUGUCUACGUUCAGGUUGUCCCACUGUUGUUUUUUGAGGAAACCAAAGCAAAAGCUGUCCGUAACUAUGAAAUCUUGUACUCCCUUUUAUGUGGAAUGUAUUUUCCGUUGGAUCUCUUGACAUAACUGACAACCGCAUCACAAAAUGAUAGUCAUAGUAGCUUCGCAUCGCGCGUGACUUCUUCAUUUGAACCCAUAGAACCGUCGAAAUUGGUUUUCAAUUGACUGGGACCAAUCUAAAGCUAUAAUAGUGCAAUUUAGAAAGUUUGGAGCAGAGUACCUUGGAUUAAAUUCUAGUUAGGAGAGAGUGAUGGCAGCAUACACACACGUUUGUACCUAUUUGUUUGCUGGUUGAGAAAGCUUUUAAUGUGCCUUGAAUGGAAAAAAAAAUGUGUGCUCCAAGGUUUCCUAGUAUGAUCAGUACAGAUAAAGAAGAUAAAGGGUAACAUGUUAGCAGCGCAUUGACCGGUUUGUAGUAAACCGGAGGGGCGAUACAGUAUCAGAGUUGAUUGUACGUCACCAAAUGUGUCAUUAGCAUGUACUGACUCCUGAGAUGAGAUGGUGUGUUGCUGAUUGGCUAUAGUUACACCAACCACCGUUGACUUCGACUCAUUUAACCCAGAAGAGACAGAAAGUUUGACCAUAACAUUCCAUUCAUUCUUGUUUUCCACGUAAAGAUUUCAGGGGAGUUUUGUACACUGCUGAGCUGCAGUGAGAACACGACGGAUGGCGUUUUGAAGAAGAAAAAAAAAAAAAAGCAAACAACUUCUUAAAAUAAAACAUUCAUCUUUUUUUACCAAA